UUUGCAUUGCUGCUUUGGAGAACUUUUCUGAUUACUACUGCUCUACAAUAAUUUGACUUUUUCGUCUUGUGAUAUUUUUUUUUUUUUUUAACUCUGGGGUCCAUCAGGGCACGGCUUGAGUUUGGAAUGGCUGAACUAGUGCGAAUCCGUAAGAAAAGGCUGCAGAUCCCCAUCUCUAGGCUGAGGAGCAUGCUGAAACAGCUGGAGGAGAAAGAUGUUGACUUUGAGGAAAUCAAAAAGAAUUUGGAUUUUACAGCAUCGUUACUGGAGGCCGUUUACCUCGAUGGAUCUAGGCAAUGCCUGGACUCUGAGGAUGACCUCCAGCAGCUGCAGUCAGAUGGGGUUCCUUCAGAGGUCACUGAUUGGUUGGCAUCCACCUUCACCCAAAGGGUUCGACGCCCAGUACGACGCUCAGAUGAAAAGCCCAAGUUCCGCAGUAUCGUGCACGCAGUGCAGGCUGGGAUAUUUGUAGAGAGAAUGUUCAAGAGGGCCUACACAGCAGCCAUGCCAGACCAACCUGCAGAGGUGGUAAACUGCCUCAGGGAUGUUGACCGCUGGAGCUUUGACGUGUUUGCUCUGAACGCCGCUAGCUCUGAUCAUGCACUACAAACUCUGUUUUUUGAACUGAUCACCAGAUAUGAGCUCAACAGUCGCUUUAAGAUCCCAAUCUCGUGCCUGACAGAGUUUCUGUCUGCAGUGGAGAGAGGAUACUGCAAACACAACAACCCCUACCACAGCCAUGUUCAUGCUGCUGACGUGACUCAGACGCUGCACUGCCUGCUGCUGCGUUCUGGACUUGUGCAUUGGUUGACAGAGCUUGAGGUGAUGGCAGCGCUAUUUGCAGCAGCCAUUCAUGACUACGAACACACAGGAACCACAAACAACUUUCACAUCCACACAAAGUCAGAGUUUGCAUUGAUCUACAAUGACCGGUCGGUGCAGGAAAGUCAUCACCUGAGUGCAGCAUUCCGCCUGCUUCAGAAUGAUCAAAUGAAUAUCUUCAUUAACUUGACACGAGAGGAAUGGAUGGAGCUGCGAUCACUUGUUAUAGAGAUGGUAUUAUCCACAGACAUGUCCUCCCACCUACUCCAAGUUAAAGCCAUGAAAUCCUGUCUACAGCAACAAGAACGGAUUGACAAGUCCAAAGCACUGUCUCUGUUACUCCACACAGCUGACAUAAGCCAUCCAUCCAAGCCCUGGGUACUGCACUCUCGAUGGACUAAAGCCCUGAUGGAGGAGUUUUUCAGGCAGGGUGAUAGAGAGGCAGAGCUCGGCCUGCCCUUCUCUCCUUUGUGCGAUCGAAAAAGCACCCUGGUAGCUGAGUCCCAGAUUGGUUUCAUUGACUUCAUUGUGUAUCCUACUUUCUCUCUGCUGACCGACAUGGCUGAAAAGAUUGUUAUUCCUUUGGUGGAGGAGAACCCCGGUCCACCAGACCCCUGCAACAGACACAGUAAUCUUUGGAAAGAGAGCUCCAGAGGUCUGCAGUGGAGUCUGGCCCACAUCACAGCUGAGCUGGUGAGCUUUCGCUCCACAUGGACACGACACACCGAAGACAACAAGCUCAAAUGGAAGGAAAGUGGCUCCAAUGGAUUUUCAGAUCCCAGUGUGACAAAAGAGCAGAGAGCCAGACAAGCAGAGCUGUCAGAAAAAUCCCUGCAAGACCCCAGUAAAGAUACAAAAUAGUAGAAAGAACUUUGUGUAAUUUUCAUAGAAUGUCUAGAAAGGUUAAAUGAGGUUAACAUAGAGUCACUGUUUGUAAUAAAACCACAAUUCCUUCUUAUAUCAUAAUUGAGAGAGUCACAGGCGGGAAAGUGGAGAUGUAGGAGGAGGGAAGGGUAGUUUAAGUUCAUCUUCCCAAGGUAAGAUGCAGAAAAUGUCCUCAUGUCUUAUUUUAAGUGCAGUAUACUGAGAUAAUUUAAUUGCAAAGUGUACAUGCUGGUCAUGUUAUACAGUAUAGUCCAUGUCAUUAAUUUAAGUUGCCACCUAAACACUUGUGAGGAACAUUUUACCUUUUGUAGUUUGAACUGUACACACAUCAUUUAACCAUGCAUUAAAGUUAGAAAAAAUGUGUCAGUGUUUUAGAGAUUUGUAAUUGAUUUAAUAUAAAGCU